UGUUCGAAUCGGUAACGCUGUUUGGAAGCUAUUCAGCAAGCAUCACUGAGUCAGGCUGACCAAGACGUACAGACAGUAUUGCACACUGUACGCGCCGCUCCUCGUGGAAGCUUCCUGGCUCGAACGUCACACGGGCAUCUGUGCAUCGCUAACUGCCUGCCUGCGCUUCACCCCGACAUCAUUUGUGACCUUGAGCGCAGCACCCGACACCCAACGACGACAAAUCCUACACGUGCGAUCAGUAUUAGCCCGCAUCACUACGCUAUAGCCUGGAUCCGCAUUAUAUCACACGAGCCGUGCACAGGCGGCUUUCGAAGCCAUCAUGGCGAGCGCGCCAAAGGUCAAGGCCGAGCCUACCAUCAAGCCUGACCCCGAGGACGCCUCAGCCUCGCCAGCCGGCUUGUCCGAUGAUGACAUCUACGAGGAUGCCGGCGAUCUCGAGUUCUACAACAUUGAGGAGAACCCAAUGGCCGGCAAUGUGUAUCUGACCCACGUGCCGAAAUACCUGUACGAUGCCUGGGCGCACCUCGACGACGACGCCGACAUCCAGAUCGGCACAAUACGGCAGUGGAACGAGACGCUGCCAAACGGCCAGGUCAAACAGAGGAUUGCGCUCCUUCUAGACCACAAAAACCCCGAGCACCAGAUGAUUCCCAAGGAAUACAACCUGGAAGUGAAGGACAUGCAGCUUAGAAACUCCUUCCUGUUCAGCGAGCAGGAUCUUCCUGGCUUCAAGACAAGAGGCCAGGGCGCGAACAGUAAUAUCCCAGCUCACCUACGGCGGAGGGAAGAGAAGCCAAAAGAGAAGACACAGGACGAGAGCGGGGGCGGUAGCGGUGCUGGCGGCGGUGGCGGUGGUCGUGGCGGGCGCAAAGGGCGCUAUCAGCCAUACUACCGCAAAGCCAUCCCAAAGAAAACUGUGCUCGCUGGGAGGUUCGCGCACGAGCUCAACUGCCAACCAGCGCAGAAUGCGGAGACCAAGCACAUACUCGCCAUGAGGGCGAACGAUGCGCUCAAACCCAGAGCUACUACCCAGCUUGCUGGUGGCCGCGGCGUCCCGAAGAACGCUAUCCAGGCAGGCACGCACAAGCCCAAGGAGACGUUUGGAAGCUUUGUGCGACCUCUUCCCGAUGCCAAGAAGGACAAGAAGAAGAAGCAGGAGGACCGAGCCUUGCGCAUGUCGGAGCACGAGCUCCGCGACGCUAUUUUCCGGGCAUACAACGAGUUUGCUUAUUGGUCUAUGAAAGCCUUCAAGCAAAGACUCAACCAGCCAGAAGCGUGGUUGCGAGAGAAUCUUGAGCAGCUGGCCGUGCUGCACAAAGCCGGGCCCUUUGCCAACCACUGGGAGCUUAAGCCAGAAUACAAGCAAGGCCAGCAGAGUGUCGAAGGCGCUGCCCCGGACGUCGGGCCGGAGGAAUCCGACUCGGAAGGCGAUGAAGAAAUGGAGGAUGUGGCGAUAUAGGUCAUCAUCGUGUGACGCUUGCCAGUUGAAAGGCGGCCUCUGAAUGAUGGGGCAUCUGUGCAAGCAGAACUACCCCCCAAAAAUGUCUAUUGCAUUGGCAUGACAGUAGUAGACACCACUAGAGUACAGAACACUCAUACAAGAAAUACAAGCAAUGAUACCCCAA